CUUCAGUUGCCACACAAACACCGGUAGAGGAAGGUUCACGCCUCUCCUCGGUCCGUUCACGAGUUAACAUUCCUUUCUCCACACCCUUGACAAUGGGCGUGCGUGUAACCUUUCCUUAGUCCCGGCCUUGCGAGCGUCGUGCGUAAGGGCUGGGCACGGUACUGUUAAAAUCCCCUUCUGCUACAGUAAUAACGAGGAAAGGAGAAGAGGGGAUGAAGAGGGCGUGUGUAGAUGUGUGUUAGAGAAGAGAACGUUGUAAGAAGUGAUAGAAGAGAAGAGAACGUAAGAAGUGGGAGGAGAGAAGAAGAGAACGUGUAAGAAGGGAUAGAAGAGAAGAGAACGUAAGAAGUGUUAGAGAUUGAAGAGAAGCGUACAAGAAGUGUUAGAAAGAGAAGAAGGCUUGUAAUAACCGAUAGAAGAGAAGAGGGCGUGUAAGGAAGUGUGUCAGAGAAGAGAACGUGGAAGAAGUGUUUAAAGAAGAGGGAGACGUGAAGAAGUGUGUUAAAAGAGAAGAGGAAGGCGUGUAGAUGUGCGUUAAAGAGUGUGUUUUGUGCAGAAGACGAAGGAUGCUGUUGAGUUAUCUCCUUUCAUCUCCCGCCUCCACCUCCUACCGCUGAUGCUGCUACUACAACUACUACCACUACGCCUGCUGACUACGACAUCUGCUUGUUACGCCGCUCAUACGCAUCAGUUGUUAAAAGCGCAAAGUCAGUGAGCAACGCAGUAACUUAUGUGUUUUCUAAUAAGUGACGCAUUCUGGACUGUGCGUGUGUCUGUGUUGUUGAAAUAUGUGCUUACUUAGAAGACAAGGAGUGGCUAGGUGAAGUUACGCGCGGCUGAACCAAGUGGAGGAUAAGAAAAACGAUACUAGAAAGGGAAGAAAAAGGGAUUAUAUUAUGGUCACGUGAAACUUUGAAAAGAAGAAAAAAAAUACAAGAGGAAAUAGGACGAAUGUAUGGAGAGCACACACACACUCAAGAAACACUAUAACAACUUCGUCUGAAACUGAAGAAAAGAAAAUAUAAGAACAAAAACCAAGACGAAGAUAUUGAAAGCACACAAGAAAGAAACACUACAAUAAAUAACAAUGAAAGAAAAUCAAUAACAACCUCCCCCCCCCCAAAAAAAAAAUAAUAAUAAUGAAAGCAAAGUGAGCCAAAGCAAACCAAACAAAUACGAGAAAGAAAACAGUAAUAAGUCAACACACACACUGACCGACACACACAGAUACAAGAGAUAUAGAGGAGCCCGGGAGAUAAACUUGGAGAGAACUAUAGAUAUAACUUGAGAGCCUGAGAGAGCACCAGCUUAGGCCUCCACAAUGCUACUUGAGGGCGUCUCAGCACCCGCCAGCACCCACGGCUCCCCCAAGCUGUAUGGGUGCCGAUGCGUCGUCUGCAACGAGUUGGAGGCGUUGGAGGCGUGCAAGUGGCUGCGGGCGGCGGGCUUCCCUCAGUACGCGCAGAUGUACGAAGAGCUGCAGUUUCCCCUGGACCUCGUGUGCGUGGAGCGGGAUCAUUCCUUCCUCGAGCGGGACUCCCUACAGGCACUCUUCAGACGCCUCAGUGCCCUCAACCGCUGCGCCAGGAUACGACUUGACUCGGCCAGGAAGAACAAGGCGGAGGAGAGUGACGAUGACGAGGUGGCCAUCUCCGACAACUGGCGUCUUCAGCGUCCCUCCCGAAGGUGGUCCAGGAUCGUGCAGGAGCGGUCCCCAUCCUCAGGUGGCGGCGGGGAUUCGCGGGGGCUGGAGGUGCCGGACGAGGCCUUGUUGGGGCAGUUCAAGCGGUCGGGCUCCGAACGCCUCAAGGACGGGGCCAAGGCGAUCCUCCGGCGCAUGGAGUCUCUGAAGAACAAGAAGAAGAAGCGGCAUAGGGACGGCGUGGUCAUCAGCAGUCCGAAGCUGCUGGACGAGGCGGGCAUGCGGGAAAGGGUCGACUACUUGGCCUGUGUUGACCUCCCCACUGAGGCCUCUCCCAUGCUAACCUCCCUCACCACCACCACCAUCACCACAGCCACCACCACCACCACCCCGGCUACUGCUGCCUCCUCUGCCACCACCACCACCACGACAGCCACUGCCAUCACCACCACAGCCACCACCACCACCACCACCAGGGAGCUCUUCCAAGGAGAGGACUCCUCGGACCACUCGCAGGGCUCCACACCUCUCUCCCGUGCCCGCCGACGCCGCAGGUUGCCACGCCGAGGGCAGUCUGGAGAGGGCGGUGGCGGAGGUGCUCAUAGCGACUCUGAAUACUCCCCUCAGACCUGGCGCCAUCACUACCUCACCGAUGCAAACUCCAACACUAUGGCAGCGCUGGCACCAGCGUCAUCCUCCCCGAAGCACCAGCAGCUCCAGCGAGGGGGCAACGGCGGCAGUGGGGCAGGAGGAGGGCGGGGGGCCAGGCCGGGGCAGGUGAGACAGACCGGCUCCCUCAACUAUGGCAAAGACUCCCAGAACGCCCGAGAACACUUCCUGGCCAGCAUCAGAGGAGGUGUAGACAGAGGCAGCAGGGAGGAGGAGCAGCAGGCGUCCCCACCCCCAAGCCCCGGCGAGGACAGACACUCUGUCUACGACAACGUGCCGCUCAUCAUCUGCAACAAGAUCUAUCACGACUACCAACCAGAAGGCAUCGACUCCGAGACCAGUGUUCCCGAAGGCUCUGGCAGCAGUGAGAGCCGAGACUCCCCGCUGCCUUCCACCCACGAUGAAGACGACAACGAUGACUCUACUUCUCGUGGCCGAGCCACUGUGGAGCGAUGGCACAGUUUUAACCGGCGCUCCUACCAGCCUGUGGCCCGGCAGCUAGGCACUCAGAUCAAUGGCUUUAGCUCAGGCCAGACACUUCACCUACGCAAGAGAGCACUGCUAAGAUUGACGGCAUUGAUGGAGCGGUGUUGCCCCAGUAACCGCAGUGGCUGGAACUGGGAGCUGCCCAAAUUUAUGCGCAAGAUGAAGACUCCAGACUAUAGGGAGCGGCAGGUGUUUGGGGUGCCGCUGCAGGUGGUGGCCCAGCGCACCGGCCAGCCACUACCGCCAGGCAUCCAGGCCGCGCUACAGUACCUGAGGGCCACCAGCCUUGACCAGGUUGGCAUCUUCCGCAAGCCCGGCGUUCGCUCUCGCAUCCAGAAGCUGAGGGAGCUGCACGAGAACAAUGAGGACAUCGUCUACUCCUCGUUCGGCACUUGCGACAUUGCGGACAUGGUCAAGACCUACUUCAGGGAGCUUCCAGAGGUCUUGCUCACCAACAAACUGUCAGAAAUGUACAUCGCCAUCUUCCAGUACCUCCCCAAUGAGCACCGUCUGGAGGCCCUUCAAUGUGCCGUGCUGCUGCUGCCUGACGAGAACAGGGAGGUGCUCAUGGCCCUGCUCACCUUCCUGGCCGAUGUGGCUGCCAACGCUCCCCUCAACCAGAUGACGGCAAGCAACCUGGCCGUGUGUCUGGCGCCGUCACUUUUCCACCUCAGCGUCGGCAGCUCCUCAGGAUCAAGUCCACUUAGGCGGCGGCCAGGCAGCGCGCCAGAGCAGAGGGACCUGCACGAGAACAUGGCCGCCCACCAGUGCCUCAGCCUUAUGAUACAGCAGGUGAGCCAGCUGCAGUGCGUCCCAAUGGAGAUGCUGACCAACUGCCGCUUCACCUACCUGGAGCAGAGUCAGCCGGUGUGUCUGGAGGACCUGGGGGUGAUGGGCUCCCCCGGCGGCAGCAGGAUAGAGGGUGACUGGACUUCCUACAUGAAUGCCUGCAUCACCUCACUCCUCAAAGAGGCCAGGGAGAAGUCCCGGGGAUGGAUUAGCAUGAACUGCAGUGACCCUCAAGUGGAAGUUUUGUACCGCAAGGUGGGGGAUGGCCACCCCCUCCGGCUGUGGCGUGCCACCACUGAGGUGGAGGCGCCGCCAGCUGAACUGCUCAACAGAGUUAUCAGAGAAAGACACAUGUGGGAUGACAGCUUGUUCAAGUGGCGCGUGGUGUGUCGCCUCGACCGCCAGUCUGAUGUGUUCCAGUACAUGUGUAACUCCAUGCCACCACGGCCGCCUGUAGACUACUGUGUACUCAGGUACUGGCGGACCGACCUGGCCCGCGGCAGCUGUGUGGUGGCGGAGACUUCAGUGGAGCAUGCUGACGCGCCAGUGCUGGUCGGGGGUGUGCGGGGCAUUGUCCUCGCCUCCCGUUACCUCAUACAACCUUGUGGCUCUGGCAAGUCCAGGAUCACCCACAUCUCCAGAGUGGACAUGAGGGGCCGAACACCUGAGUGGUACAACAAGAUUUACGGCCACAUGACCGCCACCCACCUGAGACGAAUCCGGCAGAGCUUCCAACACCACGCCAUCGGCCCGGAGAGCAAGGUGUAGAGUCGCCUUAUAGAGGGGCAAGGGCCGCCUCUGCAUCACACUUGUAGGGGAACAUCAGGGCUUUCUGUACUCGUAGUGAAGAUGUGGACCAAGAACAGUGAUACACAAGAGCUUCCAUGUGAUCGCCUGACUGGCCUAACAUGCAGACGUUCCAGAACGCUGGGCGGGCAGGUCCUGCCGCCGCCGAACAGCAUCCGCACAACCCUUGUGGACCAGUGUACAUUCCUGUCAGAUAAGACUGUAGAUGUAUGUUUUUAUCCUCACCGUGUAAAUAUAUAUAAACUUAAAUACAUUAUAUACAUCGUACAUACAUAAGGUCGGCUCACUCGUUCACCAGUCUGAUACCAAAGUGCCCCACCCAUUGUCUUAACCCGACAAUCACGGCACAAGUCUGACGGCCUUGAUCUUCCGUGGCAGCACCAGGGGCACUCCAUGGGGAAGAAUAACUAGCCCAGAAGAGGACUAAGGCCUUCAGUUGUCUGAAUUUUUGGCUAUGUCAAUACUGGAAAACAUUUCAGUGCAACAUUCUACUGCUACUAGGCUUCAUUUUUUAAACUCUGACCUCGACAGAAUAAUCAUGCAAAAAAUUAACUGGAGCUGUCUCGGAGGAUUCAGAGCCUAUUGUGACUGUGUGUGUGUGAGUGUGAUGUGUGUGUGUUGUGCAUGUGUGGAGUUGUAAUGCCUUGACACAGUGGGGGCCGCCAGGGGGGGGUUGGGUGGGCCCAGUCAAUCUUCCAAUCCCACACCCUGAGCAAAGCCUUCCUAUUUUUGUAUGUUAUCUAGUGAGCAAGACCAAGAUACGAACAGAUAUAUUUUACUGUAGUUCAAGUCGACUACCACGUAUAAUACUGCUGGGUGACAAGUUAUUAGUGUUGAUGUUUACCUCCUAGCGUGCCGGCCGCCGGCGCCACAGUCUUGUCUUGCCUCUGGGUGGCGGUGCGUUGUCCCUCUUCACAGUCCUGAAAUGUGUUGUCAGAAUUAAACUUCAAGGCUACUCUUCAAUUAUUUAUCACGUCUUGAUUAUUAAGCCAGAUGGAUACCACAACUGUGUUAUGUGGCUUAAAUUAUGUUUAUUUUUCUCUUUUUUUUUUGGUGUAAACAACAUUUCAGUAUCCUCUUCGCACCGCUCGAGCUCACCACAAACCAAAGUUUUAAGUCAUAAAAGCAUCAAAAUACAAGCAAAGUAAUUGCUGCUGUGAGACUCAAGGUGCAGAGGAGUGAAGCUCACAUGCCUAGUCUGUACAGAGUUUUGUAAUGGUGUCUGAUGCAUCUCAAGGGUGUGCAAGACAUUUUCUAUUGUACUGUUACCUCCUUAACACAAUAACCUGCUUACAUAUAGUUUUUGUAUAUUGUUAUUGCCAUAGACCACCAGCCACCUGUGGGGACCACCGUCUAGGUGGCCUCAAUGCCUCUCUGUUGUACCUCCUGGUGCUGAAAUAUAUUAUCAUUAAUUA